AUGUCUGCUACUACUGGCAAGGUCAUCAAAAUAAUUAACAUUUGUUCAGCACUAGUUCUAGCUAUUGCGGGUGUAUGGAGAAUAGUCUCUUUAUAAAUAUUUAAAAUAUUAGAUACUUGGUAAUGCUUCGACUUUUUCAUGCCAUUUUUUAUGAUACUUUUAGGCGUAAUGCUUUUAGUGAUAGAAUUCAAAAGAGACUUUAUGGAGAAGUAUUUCUUUUUCCUAACAACUCUGCUUGGAAGAGGAAUAUUUAACGUUUUUUUAUCUAGCAUGAGCGUUUUUUCUAUUAAUAACGAGUUUAAUUCUCUUCUUGCUCCUUUCAUUUAUUCGCUUAUACUUUUUGUUAUUGGAUUUUUUUACAUAAUACUCAGUCUUUUUUUGAAGGAUGGUCAUGAAGAGCUUAAGGAGCAACUAGUUUGA